UGACUAGACGGCCGGCCUGUUAAGGUGGCCCCAGACAUUCCAGCCUCAGCCCAGAGUCCUCCUGUGCCCCUACUGCAGCAAGGGGGUCUCCAAGAAGGGGGACCCGGAGUCAGCCCAUCACACCUGGUUUCCUCUCUGCUAGUGUCCUUCAUCCCACAGGGCACUGGAGGGCGGCUGAGGAGGAGCUACCUUAAAAAAGGAGGUGUGUGCCAGGGAGCUGGGUAGGAGCCUGGCUAUAUAUCUGCCCAGCAGCGGUACUCUCGGGACAGAGAUGGCACUGAUGCAGGAACUGUAUAGCACACCAGCCUCCAGGCUGGACUCCUUCGUGGCUCAGUGGCUGCAGCCCCACCGGGAGUGGAAGGAAGAGGUGCUAGACGCUGUGCGGACCGUGGAGGAGUUUCUGAGGCAGGAGCAUUUCCAGGGGAAGCAUGGGCUGGACCAGGAUGUGCGGGUGCUGAAGGUAAUCAAGGUGGGCUCCUUCGGGAAUGGCACGAUUCUCAGGAGCACCAGAGAGGUGGAGCUGGUGGCGUUUCUGAGCUGUUUCCACAGCUUCCAGGAGGCAGCCAAGCAUCACCAAGAUGUUCUGAGGCUGAUAUGGAAAACCAUGUGGCAAAGCCAGGACCUGCUGGACCUCGGGCUCGAGGACCUGAGGGUGGAGCAGAGAGUCCCCGAUGCUCUCGUCCUCACCAUCCAGACCAGGGGGACUGCGGAGCCCAUCACAGUCACCAUUGUGCCUGCCUACAGAGCCCUGGGGCCUUCUCUUCCCAACUCCCAGCCACCCCCUGAGGUCUAUGUGAGCCUGAUCGAGGCCUGCGGUGGUCCUGGAAAUUUCUCCCCAUCCUUCAGCGAGCUGCAGAGAAAUUUCGUGAAACGUCGGCCAACCAAGCUGAAGAGCCUCCUGCGCCUGGUGAAACACUGGUACCAGCAGUAUGUGAAAGCCAGGUCCCCCAGGGCCAAUCUGCCCCCUCUCUAUGCUCUUGAACUUCUAACCAUCUAUGCCUGGGAAAUGGGUACUGAAGAAGAUGAGAAUUUCAUGCUGGAUGAAGGCUUCACCACUGUGAUGGAGCUGCUCCUGGAGUAUGAAGUCAUCUGUAUCUACUGGACCAAGUACUACACACUCCAGAAUGCAAUCAUUGAGGAUUGUGUCAGAAAACAGCUCAAAAAAGAGAGGCCCAUCAUCCUGGAUCCGGCCGACCCCACCCACAAUGUGGCAGAAGGGUACAGAUGGGACAUCGUCGCUCAGAGGGCCUGCCAGUGCCUGAAACAGGACUGUUGCUAUGACAACAGGGAGAACCCCGUCUCCAGCUGGAACGUGAAGAGGGCACGAGACAUCCAUUUGACAGUGGAGCAGAGGGGUUACCCAGAUUUCAACCUCAUCGUGAACCCUUAUGAGCCCAUAAGGAAGGUUAAAGAGAAAAUCCAGAGGACAAGGGGCUACUCUGGCCUGCAGCGUCUGUCCUUCCAGGUUGCUGGCAGUGAGAGGCAGCUUCUCAGCAGCAGGUGCUCCUUAGCCAAAUAUGGGAUCUUCUCCCACACUCACAUCUAUCUGCUGGAGACCAUCCCCCCCGAGAUCCAGGUCUUCGUGAAGAAUCCUGAUGGUGGGAGCUACGCCUAUGCCAUCGACCCCAACAGCUUCAUCCUGGGUCUGAAGCAGCAGAUUGAAGACCAGCAGGGGCUUCCUAAAAAGCAGCAGCAGCUGGAAUUCCAAGGCCAAGUCCUGCAGGACUGGUUGGGUCUGGGGAGCUACGGCAUUCAAGACAGUGACACUCUCAUCCUCUCUAAGAAGAAAGGAGAGGCUCUGUUUCCAGCCAGUUAGUUUUCUCUGGGAAACUUCUCUAUACAUUUCUGCCAUCUACUCCAGAACUCAUCCUGGCAAUCACUCUGUCCUAUUGUCUACUGGGAAGGUCCCAGGUCUUCACCAGUUUUACAAUGAGUUAUCCCAGGCCGGACGUGGUAGCUCACAUCUGUAAUCCCAGAACUUUGGGAGGCCGAGGUGGGAGGAACGCUUGAGCCGAGGAGUUCAAGACCAGCCUGGGUAUCAUAGGGAGACCCCGUCUCUACCAAAUAAAAAAUAAUUCAUUGGG